AUGGGCUGCUCCAGCAGCGCCCUCAACAAGGCUGGCGACAGCAACAGGCUCCGCAGCGGUGAGACAGGAGGAAAGGUGAAAACGGAGAUGGAGAAUGAGAAAGUCAGUGGACAGGCUGAAACAAAAGAAGAAGAAAUAGAAGCUGUGGAUCUUUCAGCAGCCACAUAG